CUUCUUCCUCCCAAUCAUCCUUGGUUGAAUAUUAAACUCAUUUUGUUUGUUUGUGCAUCAUUGUGACAAUUCGGUAUUAGGUAACAAGGUGCUGAGAAGCAAGAAGCGACUAAGAAAAUGGAAAAUUUAACUGUUCGAGUCCUGAUUCAAAACGUCUCUAAUGAUCUUGAUUUUGGUCGGUUUAAAAUCGGAACAAUUGAUAUCGUCUUUGCUGUUCUGUAUUUUCUCAUUGAUAUCAUUGGAGUCACAGGGAAUGCGCUCGUGAUAUUGGUUGUAAAACGGAACCGGUCUAUGCAUACAACAACAAACUUCCUUCUAGUUAAUCUCGCCUUUGCUGAUAUUUUCACUCUCCUGACAUGCCCAAGAAAUGGUUACUGGCUUGCCGUCACAGCAAGCCACCCUGUUGGCCUCGCUGGGGAUUACAUCUGCAAGUUUUUCACCGGAAACGCUUUAGUUGGAAUCACAGCUUCUGUGUCGUCCCUGACACUUACAGUUCUUGCCGUGGAACGAUACAGGGCUCUGUUAAAACCAAUGGAAAGAAAAUAUUCUGUGUCUAUGGAGAAUGUCAAGUUUGUUAUGACGGCCAUAUGGGGGAUCUCGAUUCUUGUGAAUAUUCCAGACUUUUUAAAAAACAAAUACAGCGAACACUAUGGAAAAUGCGUUUGCCCAUUCUCGCUGGAACUAGUACAACCUGAAUUCACUCAUGUUUUAUGUACUGUUUUAUUCCUUGGAGUGGCUCCUUCUCUUAUUCUAUCGUUCUGUUAUAUUCAGAUAGUUAGUGGUCUGUUCCUAACGAAGAAAAUUUGUUCAGAAGUCACAGGAAAUUUAAAUGAAAUUGAAGCAAAGAAGCGCCUGGCACGACUGUUGAUAAGCGUGACGUUUGCUUUCUAUGUGUGCUAUAUUUCAUACGGGGUCUACUUUUCAUAUCUCUUAUUUCAAGACCGGGAAAAAAUUAUUCAGAAAUAUAACUUGCACUAUAUUAUACUUAAGACAGUAGAGUUUACAUUAGUGUGUAGCUCUUGUAUAAAUCCGAUUCUUUAUGGGUUCCAGAGCUCGAACUAUCGAGAAGGGUUUAAGAAACUAUGUUUUUGUCACGCAAGGAGGCAAGGUCACGUGGAUAAUCAGUUUCAAAUGUCUACAGUGGUUCCAUAAACUUCCAGCAAUUAAAUUUCUCCAGGGGUUAAGAAUUCCUGAUGAUCAUAAUGAUCUUGUGUGUAUUUUGCCGAAAGUAUGUUUAUUAAAAUCUGAAUAGGUAUUUCUA